UUGUCGACUAUCGCGAGUCUUAUUCACGUAUAAUUCAGUCAUUAUAUUACAAACUGACAGAUACCGUUUAAGCGUGUUCAUAAAAUGGUCGUGUGUCUAGGUGCAGCGUUGGUGUUCGGUGUGAUCGCAGCCUGUGUGGCAUCCUGUUACUACUGCAAAAGGUUGUACCAACAGUAUGAUAAAGAUGAGUCGAUCGACAGUGAACCACCUUUGGUUCGCAUUAAGAUAUCGCAUCCCCAACAAGAACAAAAAUCUUCCAACGAAAUUGGCUCCGAUGCGUCGGACAGCAGAGGAAAUUCUAUCGAUUCGAACGAAGCUGAGGAAGUGAAACAGGUUGUGGAAGAUGCAGGACCGGUUUCCAUGGAGGAGCCACGGACUGUUUCUGUGAAGCUACCCCCCGAUCGACGCAGGGUAUCGUCAAAAAUUUGGUCGACCGCGUUGCAGAACCAAUUAAAAGACAUUACGAAUUCUUCAUCGGAGAUCUGUGGGAGCACGAGGGUGGUACAAGCUCAGAUCGAAGUGAAACCUACGAAUCUACGUGGACGGAAAGAUUCCCUAGGCGAUGAUUGCGAUAAUUCUUCGCGAUGCGCUUCCACCGAGAAUCAUUUGACCAAUGAAAAAGGUAGGAAGCUGUCCUUUGUCGCCAAGAAGCUUAAGAAUCUAAAGAAAACGAUAAUCUCCUCAAGACCUGCCUGUUCCGUUCGAAGAUUUCGGAACCAGAGGUUAAGUAUUCCUCUUGAAACCCAUAAUCAGCCCUCACCGAUCGUCGAAUGUUCGUCGUUGCUUCCAAACAAUCGAUUCGUCGACGUAUCGACCUCGACGAGGAUAAGUGCAAACGCCUCGAAUCUGAGAGCGCAGCAUGACGAAGCUAUGGCGAGCUAUAGCAAUAGGCUGAGCGAAAAUGGCGAAACUUCGAAGCAAACGGGGAACGAUCAUCAAUCGAUCGUCAACUCGAAAUCGGAAACGUUGCAAGAAGUGGUGUCGUUGAUCAAACGUCAAUCCAUAAAGGGAAAAUCGAUUUGCGACGUGACGAUCAACGGCUUAGCUAUCAAUCAUGCUGAGUUACUGGAUCUGUUCGAGGCGAGCGAAGGAGAAACUAGAUCAGCGUCCAUCGUGUCAACCAAGGAAGCCUCGAUCAUUUCUAUCAAGUUCCAUCGUCGACGAAACGACGAGCUGUCCGAUACGAAAGACACUUCCUAUUACGAGUGUCCAUUGACUAAAUUUUACAGAAGCUUGCCAGAACUGUUCGAGGAUAUAUCCUUCCCUAGGUUGUUCAGGUCCCAGGAAGUCCUCGAGACGUCCAAACCUACACCAUCCAUUCGAGUUUCCGAUCACUCGAUGGGGUUGAUGAAUUCCACGAACGAAACAUCGUACAUAUCCAUUCCUCGAGUAAGGGGCAAUUUCGUUGCCAAAGAGUCGGUGUUCCAGCGAGGACGAAAUCUGUCCAGGCGAGUUGGGAACAGUCACGUGGCCAGAUUCGUUCAGGAACAUCUGACAUAAGAUCCACGCGAAGGUUUUCUACAAAUAUUUUAUCACGAUUUACGCAAUGAUACGCGCGUCUUGUUCAACGAAAUAAUUUUCCUUUUUCGUUCCGCGAAGCAGGACAGGAAUCCCAGCUAAGAUUCUUGAUCCUGCUUGCGAUACCGAGAAUGAUUAUUUGUAUAACGCAGGUGUUUUUAUGAAAACUUCUGCAAUCUCGUUCUCACCUUGACUGCGAGUAAUUAACGACGAAAACACGAAUAACAAUGAUCACAUCCAUAUAUUCCUAGAACGAUGCUAGGUAAUUAGGUACUAGAUAAUUGAAUAAUUAGAUGAUUAGCAAUAAUAAUUGAAGACAAAGCGACUGUAGUCCCUCCAAAUAUAACACUCGAGUAAGUUAACGAUUUUGUAACUUUUAUA